AAAGUCCUGUAACUGCAGCAACGUUCAGAAGAAAAGGAGAACGAGGAUGGCGUUUGCGGUUACAAAUCCGUCGAAUUGCCUAAUUGCUCCAAGACCUUCAACGAAAGCAAAGCCUCUGAAGAGCAUUUUCACUGUAAAAUGCUCCGCUUCUCUUUACGAUGUUGCCUCUGGUGUGGCUGAGAGGCCCUGGAAAAUUUCGGAUGCUAGACUAGUACUUGAAGAUGGUUCUGUUUGGAAAGCCAAGUCAUUUGGUGCUAGAGGAACCCAAGUUGGUGAAGUGGUGUUCAAUACAUCUUUGACAGGAUAUCAAGAAAUACUCACAGAUCCUAGUUAUGCUGGCCAGUUCGUCUUAAUGACAAACCCACAUAUUGGAAACACUGGCAUAAAUUUUGAUGAUGAAGAAUCAAACCAAUGUUUUCUUGCUGGUCUGGUUAUUAGGAGCUUAAGCAUCAGCACUUCAAAUUGGAGAUGCACUGAAACACUUGGUGAUUAUCUAUCAGGAAGGAACAUCAUGGGAAUAUAUGAUGUUGACACACGUGCAAUCACCCGGAGAUUGAGGCAAGAUGGAAGCCUUAUUGGUGUUCUGAGCACAGAAGAUUCAAAGACAGAUGAAGAACUUCUAGAGAUGUCUCGCUCAUGGGACAUUGUUGGUGUUGAUUUAAUAAGUGGUGUCUCAUGCACUGCCCCUUAUGAAUGGGUUGAUAAGACAAAGCCAGAAUGGGAAUUUAACUCCUGUGGAGGAGAGAUCUAUCAUGUUGUUGCAUAUGAUUUUGGGAUCAAACACAACAUACUGAGGCGCUUAGCAUCUUAUGGUUGUAAAAUCACUGUGGUCCCUUCAAAGUGGCCAGCAUCAGAAACUCUAAAGAUGAAACCGGAUGGAGUUCUUUUCAGCAAUGGCCCAGGAGAUCCAUCUGCUGUUCCUUAUGCUGUUGAAACAGUAAAAGAACUAUUGGGAAAAGUUCCUGUGUUUGGAAUUUGUAUGGGCCAUCAAUUGCUUGGUCAAGCAUUGGGUGGUAAGACAUUUAAAAUGAAGUUUGGUCACCAUGGAGGAAAUCAUCCAGUUCGUAACAUUCAGUGUAGCCGUGUUGAGAUUAGUGCUCAGAAUCACAACUAUGCAGUUGAUCCUGCAUCACUUCCUGAGGGUGUAGAAGUGACUCACAUCAAUCUCAAUGAUGGAAGCUGUGCUGGUCUUGCUUAUCCUCAACUGAAUGUCAUGUCUCUUCAGUACCAUCCUGAGGCAUCCCCGGGUCCUCAUGAUUCAGAUACCGGUAAUUGUUCCUCUCUCCCUCUUGGUCUAUCCACUUCUGUGCAUAACAGAAAAUCCAUUUGCAAUACAUAUUUUUCAUAAACUGUUGCACUCUUGAUAAGUUUAUAUUGCAAUCCCAAUUCCCAAAGCAUUUAAAUGAUCCAACAAAAGAGGGGGAAGGAAAGCAUAGUUCAGGAGUCUCUCUAUUGCUUGCUUUAGCUUUCCCUUCCAAAGACUGCAGUGCAUAACAGACAAUCAAUUUGCAAUACAUAUUUUUCAUAAACUGUUGCACUCUUGAUAAGUUUAUAUUGCAAUCCCAAUUCCCAAAGCAUUUAAAUGAUCCAACAAAACAGGGGGAAGGAAAGCAUAGCACAGGAGUCUCUCUAUUGCUUGCUUUAGCUUUCCCUUCCAAAGACUGCAGCCUCUUCUACUUCUUCUUCUUCCUCUUCUUUCUUCUUCUUCUCUCUCUCUCUCUCUCUCUCUUUCUCUCUCUCUCUCUCUCUCUCCUGGGGAUAGCUAUGUUAUUAAUUGACAGAAAUUUCUUCCACAUGCGCAGUGAUUUCUUUUAUUUUUGGUACAGUUUUCGGGGAAUUUGUAGAGCUAAUGAAACGAGCCAAACAAAAAGCUUAGGUUCAAAG